CCGCACCUGUGCACGUAUUCCGGACAACAAAAAAAGGGUAUGGCUUCAACAAGGAAGUUAGUUUUACAAACUUAUUUUUAAAGAAAUAGACAUAUGCAACUGAGAAGUACCCUUUAAUUUGCAGAUAGUUGAUAUAAUAAUUAGUACAGAACAUAUAUUUUUCUUUAGGUCGACAAGUUUACCUGGCUUACACUGAACAAGGAAAAAUAUGAGACAGGUGUGGAAAGGCGGUGUGUUCCUUCUACUCUCGGUACUAAUCCAGGCUCAGUUGGAUGAAAACCAAGAAUGCGUUUGGGAUCAGGACACCGAACCAAACCAAGGUCUGCAUCCAAAAUCCCUUGAAGCUGGAGCAAGAUACGUCGCUGAACUGCAGCAAAUAUCAGACGUCCAGGGGUGUCAGGAGGCUUGCUGCAAUAACCAGGACUGCCAGCUCGCCUUGUUGGGAAACCCUGCUGACGGAACACCGGAAUGUUUUCUCGUUAGCUGCAUGAAAGAUGGCCAAGACGUCUGCGUUCUUCAGUCGGAUACACAGUUCGAAGUAUACCGCAAAAAAACGCAGCCCAAGCAGACUUCGACGGUCAACGUUGUCACGUUUAGCGGAGCAGAUGUCCCCAAGGACGUCAACUCAAGUGUUGUGUGCCGCAUGCCCAUGUUGGUGGGCCCCUGUCGUGCCGCCUUCCCCAGAUACUACUACGAUGUCACCAACCAGAGCUGUGUGCCCUUCAUUUAUGGUGGAUGCAACAGCAACGGCAACAACUUUGACACUCCGGAGGAGUGUGAGACGGCCUGUAGCGGAGUGACAGGUACUGUUCUGGUGUCCAAAGACUCAGAGGCCAGCCCCAUGCAGAGAAGAAUGGCUUUGCCUAUUGACGACCAAUCGUCCACUCCUGAGAAACUAGCCAGUCCUGAGAAGCCCCUUCCCCAGAUGACUUCAGACGACUUUGCUGAGAUGUGCGAGGCCGGCGCAAAAACCGGUCCUUGCCGCGCCUCCCAUCGUCGCUUCUACUACGACAGCUCCACGAGCACCUGCCAGCCCUUCACCUAUGGAGGAUGCAGUGGCAACAAGAACAACUAUGAAACCAGAGAGCAGUGCCUCAACACCUGCACAGUGACCGUCGUCCCCAGCAAGGGAAGGAGGGGACCUGGGGAAGACAAACACACAGAAGAUAAGGGUGUUGAAUAUCAUGAUGCCUGCAUGGUCCUCCCUGACUCCGGGCCUUGCCGAGCAGCCUUCAGCAUGUUCUACCAUGACCCCAGCACCAGCUCCUGCCAGUCCUUCCACUACGGUGGCUGCAAGGGUAACGGAAACCGCUACGGCACGCUGGAAGAAUGCAUGGCCCGCUGCACCGGACAGGGUGCUGAACACGGGGAACACGGUGGUCAAGCCCGCAUGACACCAGCCUUCUUCCUGGUGGCUGUUCUGGCUGUGAUCUCAGCCGUGAUCCUGGUGAGUCUGGUCCUCAUCACCAUGAAGCGCUCCAGGCUGCGCCGCAGCCACACCCUCCUCAGCGACAAGGAGGAGCUGCUGCCCAGCGAGCUGCCGUCUGAGGAGCAGCUGCCGGAAAGUGAUCUCCCUAAUGUGGCCACCACACCGUGAGAAGCAGCUCCUGCUUGCCUCUGGGAUGCCCACCUCUUUGUUCCCUUCUGGAUGUAUCACCAGAAAUAUGUGGUCCCAGCGUUGGACCUGGAAGGCCUCUUCAUUUGUGUAAUUAGUUGUGGCUUGUGUAAUUAGUAAAUGUGCUAAUUACAUCAAUUAAUAGCAGAUUAUUGUUUUUGUGAUCCACUUCUGACUGACAUGUGAGGACAGUUUUAGUGAGUGUUUUAGUGUGCCUUUUCAUUUUUGGAUAAUGGUGAAUUUCUACUGUUCUCAUGGCUUCAUUUUAACAUUGGGAAACUGAGGGCCACGGAUUAAUCCUAAUCUUAGACUUGAACCCAAACUCAAUGGGGAAUCUUCUUAAAAUACAUGUUAGUUUAGGAUUAGGUUUGAUGGGUAUUGGAGGAAUUUUGGAAGGUAUUGGAAGGUUUUUGAACCUUUUCCAGAUUUAGUGAUGGUGUUAUGUAUACCUGUGUUCAGUCGCAAGGUUGCCUCUUAAAUCUAAGUAUGACUACAUCAUAUAAUAAAAGCAUUAUUUCAUGCACAUAUUACAUUUUUAGAAACAGUCACAAUUUUAAUGGGAAUCUUGGCCCAACACUUAAGUAAAUCUUCAGUGUUGUUAUGGGCUUUCCUGUUCAAUUUUCUGUACCUCAGGGUCUUUGAUAUCAACACUAACUCUGUAGUGUCUACUGAAUGUUUAUUAUGAAUUACUAAAUAAAACCUACUUAGUUUUAA